AGAUUUUCUUCGCCUCCUGCUUAAAGCAUCAUCACGACAAAGUUUCUUCAAAUUUUUCAAAAUAUCUUCAAUCGAGAGAUUCAGAAAUCAUUUACAACAAAAGAAGUUGAAACACUAAAUCUUGCUGCCAGGAAUUAUGGAACACCAACAAGCCGCACUGCCUCCCUACGGAGUGACCUUCCUCCCACCUCUGGGGAACGUGACCUUUUCCAUCCCUCCAACCUUCCCACCUGUGGCUCAAGCAUCAGGAUUUUAUUCGAACCAGACCGAAAUUCAAGGACAAUGGGUACAAGGACCAGUCCAGUACUGGGACCCUUCGAUGCCGAUUUCAAUGUUAUACCGAGGAGGAAAUGACGCUGGAGGUUUCUUCAACUUACUUCCGUGCACUUUGGCAGAUGCCCAUCUCACCAACAACUGCUUAUCGUUUCCCUGCACGACCUGUUUUCACCCGGGACCAGUGAAUGGGGUUUAUCCGCCUGCCACAGUAUCAGUUCUGCCGCAGGGACCAAGUCUUCCUAUCGUGAUCGUACCGGCCAUGGGAUACGCGACAGAACCGUGUCAGGGGGAUUGGCCAAAUCAAAGUCUUUCUGAAAUUGGGAGUGACAGCGUGCCUAACACGAGCAAGAAGAUGGAAGACGGUUCAGGCGAUGGAGAUAUGAUGCAGGACAAACAGCAGUCCGAAACAACCCUUCCUUGUAAAAAGUCGAAGUCUCGUCGUCGCCACCGUCCUCAGCGUCGUCCUCACAAAGAUCAUCGUUACCCCAGAUCCAACUCGGGCAGCUCUCUCACUUUGAACAACCAUUGCAAGUUGUGUCUCAGCAAUGGGGAAUCGGAGAAAUUUUACAUGUCACACACGCUCCGGGAUUCCGAGGACAAGGUCUCCUGUCCAGUCCUACGCAAUUUGGUCUGCAGCAUUUGUGGGGAAACUGGCGACACGGCCCACACUUUAAAAUACUGUCCCUACAAUUACGACGUCCCACUGGAAUUAAGGUCCGCGAAUUUUGACCAGGCACGACGCGACGUAGCAAAAUUGAUGAAGAUGCUGAUGAAGAACUGAUGUGCAAAACUUUACAAUUUUAUGACUAGAAUUGAUGAACUUUUGGAAAAACGCGCUUUUUACUCUAGCAGCGAUUUGUAAAAUAAUUUAGGCUAAAAAUAUAAAUACAGACAAAUAAUUGUUGUUGCUUUCUUUAAUGGUGGUUUUAGUUAAUAUUAUCCAAUGAAUUUACAAACCACUAUUACUUUUAAUCCUAAUUGUUUUUAAAUGAAUUAACUUUGAAGUAUUUUUAAAGACAAAACUUGUUUAUGUAUCGCAUAUGUAUGUAAAAAAAAUGGUGCAUUAGUUAAACAAAAUUACCCGAAUUGAUGAAUUAAACGAAAAAAUCGUAAGUCAUACAUAUUGUUCCAAGCCAAUUAUUUCCCACGAUCUCAUCCCUUUUAAUCAUCAGCAUUAAAGAUGUAUAUGUAUAUAGAUAAAUUUAAUAAUUAUGGGAUGGCAGCCGUGAAACAGAUCCUAAUACUCCCGUCGUAAUAUUGAAAUUAAUUUCGAAAUCGAGACACCUUAACUUACAGAAUGAAUGCCGACCAUGGAUAAACUACUUAUUGAUGAAUUAUCAAAGUUUGUGUAAGGCACGUUAAAUUGGCUGCUUUUUUCUUAGUGAGGCAAAUACCUAACAACGGAAAAAAUUUACUAAGUAUGCAUUUACCCCACCCAAAAAAAGUGACAUAAGUCGAUUUCUCGGCCAUUUCUCAACCGAUUUUGAUGAAAUUUUGCACAGAUCAUUGUUACAGGAUUUAGAAACGAUGUACUAGUUGACUUGGCGAAUUUUUGAUUUUUACCCGAGUUAUGGGCGAAAUAGAGCAAAAAUUUGCACUCGGAGUCACCUUUCCAUCCAUUGUUCCAUUUCGGAGCAUCACAUUGUCCUAAAUUAUUGGAAAAAGUUGCGCUGAUUCCUUCUGAUCAUUUUAAGACCAAGUUGACCG